AUGCGUGCCAGUUUCCGAUCCCUUGCGCUGUCUAUCGCAGGCGCAGUAGCAGGCGUGCUAGGCCUUCAGAAUCUGUGGGGCUUUGGUUUCUUUGCCAUAUCUGUGGUAUUUGUCAAUCUUGUGCUGAUUGCUGUAAAUACUGGGUAUCGCCCAGAGCUAUUCUUCGUUCUUGUACCAUCGCCUGUCCUCACGACGUCUAUGGAGAAGCUCGUGCCCGGCAAAGCCGAACAGCUGCGUAAGCCAUUGCCAUCUAUCAAGCGACUGGCAUAUAUGGCGCAGUGGGUCGUUGUGCAAGGUGCGCAAGAAAACCUGCUAAGCUUUAUUUUGUGGUGGACGCUUUGGUUCGGCUUAGUUCACGUGUAUGAUUAA